AUGGCGGGGGAUCAUAACGAGGACCAGUCAUUCUAUGACUUUCUCAUAGAAGAGCCAGAGAUGAUAGCGCCGGCGCCACCCGGUCAUUUUCCACAUCAACAGCCCAUUUCGUCGCCGAAUCGAACCAGCCGCGAUGCGCCGCCGCGGCCAGAACCGACCGAAAUCGAGACCCACCACCACGCGAAUCCAAACGCAAAUCAUCACUCGAGUCCGGUGACCUUACCGGGCCCGGUACUCGGAAUGCAACUGCCGGGCACCGUUCCUGAAUCGUCACGUGCACAAUCACGCGCUCAUCUUGAAAUUGACCUUGAUAUCGACUUACACGCGCAGCAACACCCCCAUGGUUCCCAUCUUUCUCAUGGUGCGCAUCCCCAGGCGCAUGGAAUUCAUGGUCACAGCCAUGGCCAUGGAGCUCAUUCAGCUCAGAGUUCAGCGAGCCUUCCGCCCGCUGAGUUUGCAAGUCACAUCCCUCCCGCCUCUUCUGGCCCAAUGUCGAUGGAUUGGAGCAUGUACCAUGUUCCUCCAAACUUGCAGCUAAAUCACCCUCAGUUUGAUUUUGAUAUCUCAGGGCAUAUGAGCGUUGUUGGGCAUCCGAAUCAUCUUUCGCAUGCGCCGACAGAUCCAGCCUCGUUUUCGUACGGAAGCAAUCUCGUUUCACCUUCGAGCAUUCACCCAAAUAGUGCCCACUUCGAUACCGGCAUUCCAAAUCAAUGGGACGAUUCUAUGAGCCAUGAUGCCAACACUCCAAAAGUGCGGACCCCCGUUCAUCAUGUUGCCAGCAACCCCUGGGCCGAGAUAGAUGAGCAUACAGGAGACAAUAAUGCAGCACCUGCUUCUCGUCCACGAAAGACUCCUCGACCGAGACGACAAAAGAAAGAGGCUCGCAAACUAUCGGACGCUUCUCAGGGGGCUAUGAGUAGCAGUACUGGUGGGACAGCACCUUCGAUAUCCGAUGCUGCCAGCCCCAGCUCUGCGUCGCAGAACAGCCGUGCCAGUAUUGGCUCCAAAUCCGUGACCAUGGCCUCGACGGCAUCGACAGCAUCUAGCCGCCAAAGCAAGCUCCGCAGUGCUUCUCGGACAUCCAAAAACAGUCGAGACAAGCCCAACGAUACUCCCGAAGACCGUCGAACACGAGCCUCUCAUAAUCUUGUCGAGAAGCAAUAUCGAAAUCGCCUCAACGCUCAGUUCGAAUCUCUCCUCAGUGCGCUGCCCGAUCAAGUCCGCCAUGGGGAAAGUAGCACCGGCAAUGGAAACGAGGAUAACGAAUCCGACCAUGCAAAUGAUGCUGACAGACGUGUCAGUAAGGGCGAGGUGCUUGAAAUGGCUCGCAAGCAUAUUCAAGCACUAGAACGUGAGAGAAAUCAACUCGAACUCGAGAACCUUGAGCUUCAUGGCAGCCUACGACGACUCAAAGAAUCAAACUCCGAAAGCGCAACAUCCUCAUCAGGACAAGAGAACUCUGUCGAACCCGACACAAAUAAGGAUCCCAAGAGGGAGCGGGAUGAUGAUGAGGAGGAGGAGGAUGGGAAAGAAGAUUCAUAA